GAAACAUAAAUAGUCAAACAUUGCCAACAGUCUGUUUAUCAGCCAUUGCAAUUGCUUCCAACUGCGUAAACGACAGACCAUGUAUAACUAAAAGGUGUAUAUCGAAUGUUUGCGUAGAAUGUAGCAAAUCGAGUGAUUGUUCUGGCGGGGAAUAUUGUGAUAUUACACCAAAGGGUGGAAAUAAUUGUAAACCAAAACGAACAUUGGGACAAACAUGUACUACGGAUAACGCAUGUAAUGGUGGUUUAUCAUGUAUAGAUCAGAUUUGUUCACAAUGCAGAGAUGAUUCAAACUGUCCAAGUAACCAAUUCUGUGAAAAUCAAAGAGAUAUACUUGUCCCUAAUAUCUGCUCGGAUAAGCUUGCUAAUUCCCUACAAUGUGUCGGUGAUAAUGAAUGCAUAUCUGGACGAUGUAUAGGAGAUAUCUGCAUACAGUGCCUGACAUCAGAAGAAUGUGACCUUGGGCAACUGUGUGAUGCAAAAGGUGUAUGUCAAUCUAUUAAACCAAAUGGAGGUUCGUGUAACAUUGACAUUGACUGUAUUUCCAAAAGGUGUAUUCAAAACAUUUGCCGUGAAUGCAAUGAUUCGUCCGAUUGUGACACAAAUGAAUUUUGUGACACAACACUUACCUAUACUUGCGAAACUAUGAAGGAAAUAGGAUCAGUAUGUGAAUUGAACUAUGAGUGUAAGGACAGAUGUAUUAAUAAUCAAUGUGGAAACUGUCAAUACCAUUCUGACUGUGGAAGGGGACAAUUUUGUAAAAACUUCCCAAAUGUAUGUACUCAAAAAAUAGGAUUUGGUUCUUCAUGUUCAUUUAAUGAAGAAUGUGUAACGACAUUCUGCCACAAUGAAUUGUGCGGUCAAUGUGAUUCUGAUAUCAACUGCAGGACUGGAUCAUAUUGCAAGAAUUUAGGAAGCACUAGGAUUCCAACUAUGUGUGUUCCGAAAGCCUCGAUGGGAUCAAGUUGCAAUGAAGAAACUGUGUGCGUAUCAGGUUCGUGCGUUUCAAAUGUAUGUACCGAGUGUUUGGAUUCACAGGACUGUCCAACAGGUGAAUAUUGUAUGGUCAAUAUAGAUGGUGUUAACACAUGUGAAGUAGCAACUGGUGUGGGAAAACCAUGUGAGACUAACGAAGCAUGCCUUGGUCUAUAUUGCGUCGAUAAUUUGUGUGCCGAAUGUAGGACUCAUUCUGAUUGCACACCAGAAAGCUAUUGUAGAAGUGUUGGAGA